AUGUGCCAGAGAGGGUGCCCGGAGGAAGGGGGCUCCUGGCGGCAACAACAAGAGGAACAGGUGGCGGGACGGGCUUACAGCGAGGACGGACAGCUUUCAGCGGCAGUCGAGAUCAAGCGUCCGUGCCGCUGCGGCGGCGAUGACGGUGUGGCCGACCGGACGGACGGACCAGCGGGGGUCUCGCCGUCAAUGGCGAGGCUGGGCACCUCUGUCGUAAAGGCGUCGUCCCCAUCAAUAGGGGACUUGACAGACGACACGGCGAGGGCGGUUACCACGACCACGAUCACUACGGCGACGACAAUCGCAGCAUGCGAGGCAACUCACCGUCAGCACUCCGAUCAACGGCCGCGGGUUUCUCCUCCAGAAACUGCUUCUGUGUUCUCCCUAGCCGGGGAUGUUCGCUUGAGGAUCAGAGGCAGCUCAGACGGCAGGAGCAGCAGCAGCGACCUUUCGUCGUUGUCGGCACAGUGGGCGAAUUCGGCGACCGAGUUCUACUUCUACCGACUACCAGGGAGAGGCGGCAGGCGAUGGCCGCGGGGCCCGGAGCGUCAGAUUGGACUCUACGGAGGGGAAGCUGCGGCGUUGUCGCUUCUCCCGUGCCCUCUGAUUGGCUGGUCCCCAAGGCCGGAAGACGUGAUGGAGGCGCUCUCCGAAGGAGGGGGGAGCCUGCGCGCAUACUCAAUAUCCCCGUCAGAAUUCGACACCGGAGUGGCGGAUAAUGUUCGGGGACAGGAGGUGACGCCCGACAUUCCCAAGGUCAAGGAUCUGGGCGUCGAGCAGAAACGAGAGGCGGCCGGGGGCGGGGGGCGGGCACAAGCGGCCGUAGAUGAGCUGGUUCGAGUCGGGUAUGCCCGAAAGCGGGCCAUCCUAGGGCUGCUGACUCUGACCCCUAAGAUGGAGGAUACGUGUAAGGCGGUCCUCAAGAUCUUCCUGGGUCAAGACUGGGACCCGCAACGGGAUGUCAUGGCGCGCAUCACAUUGGGGCUGAUAAAGAUGGCGCCCAUGACCAGGCGAAUGUGUCCCCCCGCCAUGCCCAUCCUGUGGGAAGCUCAACAAGCACGAAAUUUUGUUGCCACCUCCGGCCUUUGCCGUGGCCGUAGCAGCGAAAAUCAAGGCAUCGGCGUCGAGCUAGAUGGCCGGAUGAGUGGGCUUGUGGGGGACCUGUGCGUCAAGCUGCACUUGUGGUGCUACAAGAUCCUACGGCCCCGUGGCGGCUCCAGGGACAUCGAACUCAGCGACCUCAACGAAGUAACAACGAACGAGACAAACGGCCACCCGGCGUCCCCCCUGGUGUGGAGUGGUCCCAUGGCCAAAGCUUUGGGGUUGCUCGGGGGAGCUGUGGCACACAGCAGCGGCACCAGCAUCGGUAGCAAUGUGGGCGGGACUGUCGGCGGGAAAGUCGAUGAGAUCGCUGUGGGCGACGGGGGCGGCGGCCAUCGCUGGAUUGCGGCGUUGUCGAGAGAGAAGCGGACGAGGGAAGCGGCGUGCUUUCGGCUUAAGGAUGCCGCCUCCCGCGUGGUUAGCGUCAUCGGCAGUAUUGUGGAAGGGCUGCAGAAGCAAAAGACAUACGAGGUUGCCGUGAUGCUCCUUCGCCUAAUGGUUCGAUCUGACCAGGGCCUGGCUGGAUCAGACUACCGCGAGGCGGCGCCUGACUUGGUGUGGGCGGCAGACUGGGUCACCAGCAAGCACAGGGGCUACGCGUACACAAGGUUGGCCAUCAACCUCAAGCACCUCAAGAACCCCGGGCGCCGCCAGCUGGAGACCGUCAUGGAGGCCUGCGACGACGACGGAGUGCAGGGGGGCGACCGGGUGGAGCUCCGAGAAAGAUACGAUUUUCUCCACAAGAAGUUCGGCGACAGUCAAGAUACGCCCUUGAAAGAACGGCGCUUCCGCUACGAAGAGGAGGUCUUGGUCGUGAACAUGGAAACUCAAAAGGAGGGGAAUCAGAGGUCGAAGAGCGGGGGACGAAAGCUGUACUUCGACAAACCUGAUGUCGGCGAGCCACGCUGGGGCGAACGAAAUUCACUGAACGUGGAAGAAGUGCUGUUGAGAGAAAGAUAUCGCUCGGGCGGAUGGCUGGGGCUGCACUGCGAGUCCUCCCUCAACAUGUUUCUAACGGUGCUCUUGCUGUGGGAGGAGGUUUUCGACGAGCGAGUGCAUGCGGCACUUCCGCACGUAAUCAUGAGCUCGCCUUUAGACAUGCAGGACAAGUUUUUCUGCAGCCGGAGAGAAGGCCUGUCGAGACGUUUGCGGACAAUUUCACGAUCUUCUGAUGAGCAGCUGUGGUUGGACGUCGGGCAGCGCUACGACAGGUUCAGCGGAGUAGUAGCCAUUUGGUGCGACUGGAACAGGUUUCCUAAACAGCAGGUGAUGGAGAUCUGCGCCGCGUUCGGCGGGCGGCGACUGUCUGAUCUCCUCAGUACGACAACCACCACCAUAACACAGUUACGCUUCGGGUUCCCGGACGUGGUCCUCUGGAGGCCCAAGAGUGACAAGGGCGUUGCCGAGAGCAGAUCUGGUGGUGGCAGUGGUACCGGCGAGGAGGAGGGACUCGACUGGAGCGCCAAGACACACUUCGGCCUGGGGUGGGAGGGCUACGGUCAAGGGUGGGAGGUGCAGGUGGUCGAAGUGAAGUCCAAGGACGACAUCACCAGCCACGCGCAGAAGGCCUGGCUGAUGGAGCUAGAGAACGCUCGCGUGCCGGCCAUGGUUACUCGCGUGCUGGCUGAGAAGGAGGCCUCGAAAAUGUUGUUAUAACAUCUUGAUCGCGGAGGAUGGCACACGGUAUCCUCAGGGGGUGGUUCGGGGUGGGUAUGGCUUAAUUUUCUUGCUUGGCAGAGUCGUUGACUCUACUCCUUACCAUGGACGAAAUGUGAAUGGGGUGGAGUUACGCCACCGGCAGCGCAGCGUUCAUAGACACGGUCUUGGUAGUCAGAUUGAACUUGAGAUAUUGGUCGUGCCUCGUUUUCAGAUCGGUCAAAUUUCGUGGACCAUUAUUUUAUAUUCGUAUGGUAUUGUCGUCUUGAGAAGUGUAUCGAAGGGUGUUGCAUCCUUGGCAGACAUUCCUGCGUGGUUUUACCCGAGGUGCUGUUGCGGAACGCCUUGCGGGUUGCGCUGUGGGGUUUACGUGGUGGGGUUUCAGGUGCAGACGACACUGACGGGCCUGCUGGCCGCGGUAGGUCUCCCUCACGUUGCGGCUCAACGGGGGAAUUACCGCGGGAUCGUGUUUGAGUCGACCGUCGCACAUCAUGCCAGGAUGUUUGCGCUU